AUGGAUGGUUUCUCCCGCCACCAACAACAGCAGCACGGCGGCGGGGCUUUCUGGUACGCAGCUUCCUCUCCGGCGGCCUCCCACCACCCCCCGCCGCCGCACCUGGCGCAGAACCUGCCGCUCCCUCCCCAUCCCCCUAGUUACCACCAUCAACCAAGCUACACAAGCCAAUUACCUAUCACUCCACCUCUGCAGCAUCAGCCGUGGUAUCAUCCACCACAGCAGCCUGCGCCGCCGCUCGCUGGCCCACCGCCGAACUACCCUCCGCCUUAUCACAGCCAACCCGGCCUACCACCCCCUUAUCCUCAACCUCAGCACCGCUAUCCUCCUCCUCCUCCUCCUCCCCCUCCUGCUCAGCCCCAUCCCAUGGCUGCUCCUCCUGCAUAUCCUCCCUCCGUUCAGGCAUGGGGGAACCCCUCUUGGCAAAAUCAUCAAUUAUGGGAGUACCCAGAUAGAAACAUUCACUAUGGUAGUGAGGAAGAUUGGGAGGCAAAGGCGAGAGCAUGGGCUUCUUCUGAUUCAAUGAACGAAAACCAUCAUGGACGUUCACAGUUUACCCCACUUGGGAGGAUGGAUGAGCAUGAAUACGCCUAUCGUGAUCAUUUGCCAAAAUUUGUUGCUCCUGCUGUCGAUACCCAACUACCGCUACUUCUGCAAUCGAAUGGACGAGCUUCUUACAAUGAACAUGAAACCGAGACCAGGGAAAGCAGCCAUUUGAUUUCCCCACCGAGAAGCUAUUAUCCAAGUUCAUCCAUAUAUGAGCAGGAGGUACCUUAUACUUAUUCUUCCUCACAAGGUAGCAGAGAAGCUAUGGAUCACAGGGAGAGGCCACGAGAGAGCUUUCAUCCUCAGUUCACAGCGCCUGUUCAAUUUUCUUCAGUGGAAGAGCCUCCUGGAAAUCAACCUGCUAAGCCAUCAUCCGAUAUUAGCGACCAGCCUCUUGAUUUCCACCCAAAAUCUACAUUUGGCCAUGAUCAACAAAAACAAUUUAGCUAUAGUGAUAUUGGUACUGCAGCAAAUGAAGUAGUGAUGGAUCAAAAUGUAGUCGGUGCAUCUGUUCAUGCUUGGAAUUCAACGACUGUUCCAGUUGCUACCUUCCCUCCAAUUCCCUUAGCUCCAUCUGGAACGCAGUAUGAUCCUUCAUUUGCAUCACAAGCUUCCCACCUUGUUCACUCUACACCUGCUUUUGGUGGAAUUGCUCCAAGCUUUCAGGCUCCUGUUUCUCCUAUCAGUGCACCAUUUGGUCUUGCUGUUGGGGCACCUAUUCACACUACUGAUUUUCCUGGAGAUGGGAAUGCCUCUUUUAAUAUUUCUGAACGGCCAAGAAAGGCAGCAGUUCCUAAUUGGCUGAGAGAAGAAUUAAUUAAGAAGAAAUCUGCUAUUGCAAAUACCAGUGUGUUACAUUCUGGGACAGUUCAAAUGGAAGAUGCUGAUAUUACUUUUAGAAAAACAGAUCAAGCUGACAAUCAGAGCUUAGAUUCAAGGAGGUCUACUGAGGAUGAUGAUGAUGAUGAGGAUGAAGUUGAAGCAGCAAGAUCAGCUGCAAUCAACCAAGAAAUAAAGCGUGUUCUCACUGAAGUUCUUUUGAAGGUCACAGAUGAACUUUUUGAUGAAAUCGCAACCAAAGUUCUUGAUGAAGUUGAACCAACUGCAGAUGUUGUUGAGAGUACCGGUAUUGGUAACCCUAAAUUAUCUCCUCCCCCGGCCAUUUCAACUCCUAGGGCAUUCUCUAAAAUCCCAGUUCCUGUGAGAGCUGACGGUAAAAAAGUUAAUGAUGCUAGUGACAAUUCCAGUCCUAACCGUGCUGGAGGAGAUUUGUUGGGUUUGGGUAAUUAUGGUUCAGAUGCUUCAGAUGAUGAUGAUGAUGAAAGUCAAGGGGCUCAGUCUAGGAAGCUAGGCGGUACUUCACAUCAUCUAGAAACAGCCUCUAGAUCUUUUGAACAUGCCGAGAAGGAUGUUGAGACAGUAAAGGAACCGUUGAUCGUUGAUGCUAAUGGUGAUGUGCAGAAGGAAAGAAUGACAUCUUACUCGGAAUCAAGUGAAAGGAAAAAGGCUGUUCGAGUUUCUGAAACUUCUGAGAAGACCAGUUCCACGAACAGUGAAAGGCCCAGAGAAUUACAACAAGAUGCAAAGUAUCUUAAAUCAAAAGCCACUGCUGGUAAUGAGGGCGGAAGAAGACAUGAAUCUGUGAAUGGUGACAGAACCACCAGUGGUGAAUUCCGGGAAGGGGUGGCCCAUUUAUCUAGUGCAAAAAAAAAACCAGAAAGAAUUUUGAAUGAUAGCGGCCUUAUUAAGGAAGUAGCGCCUGGUUCCCACAGGAAGGAUAAUGAAAAUAAUAAGCAUGGAGAUAAACAAAAUGAAAAAAUUAGCAAAAGUGAUAAGAUGUUUGAGCGGGGUGGUGACAGGAAUGUUAAACAAGGAAGCGGUGAGAAGGAUACCCAUUCCAAAAGUAGCUCUAGGAAUGUGAUUAUAAAAGAUAGUAAAAAAGAGGGUUUGAAAGAUAAAGGAGAAAAAAAAAAAGAUUAUGAUAGGAGAAGUGAACGCAAAAGAGAUAAAAAAGAUGAGAAGGAAGAAAAAUCAGAAUUUGUAAGAGAAACAUUGAGGCGCAACUUUAGGUCCAAAUCUCCUGUUAGAAAGCAUGCAAUGGAUAACUCUUUGAGCGGUCGUGGCAGUGCUUCAAGUGAGGAAUCUUCUGAUAACUCACGAAAGAGAAAGUUGCAAUUACGUGGAACUAGCUUGUCAGCAUCACCAAGGUCUAAAAAAAGACAAGCCUCGCGGUCUCCCCAUAGCAAGCAUUCUCAUUCCCGGCAUUCCCCCCACUCUUCGGCGAGAAGGAACAGGAGAUCAAGGUCCAUUUCACCUGCUCACAGGAGGAGACCAUCUAAGCAUUGAGAGAUAAUAUACUGUAAUGUGUCAUUGCAAAACAACAUUUUGUGCAGAGCUUUCCUGGUUUGAUUUCUACAGAUGCUUUUUGUUGAAGGCUCCACUGCCUUGAUGCUGCCCCGGACAGCGAUCGAUUUUUGCUUGGACCUGGUAAUUGUGAUUUGCAAUUACUAAUGUUCCAUAUGGUUGCAGAAUAUAAGCCUAGGUUUGGUGGCAUAUAAUUUAAAACAAUUAGUAAUUGCCAUGCAUAUUGUAAGAUAUUGGAAGCUAUAAUUUUCACCUUCGUUUUGACAAUCAGAGGCCGUAUAAUGAUUUCUCUUGUA